AGUAAAGACAAGGAAGGUAACAGUGUUUUGUAGGACUGUGUAGCAGGGGCGUGGGUAAUUGCACUCCCGUUCAACUUCAGGUUAUUAUUAUAAUUUUUUUUUCAAUAUUUGAUGUUCAUGGAAUUUCUGAAGGGAUAUUUAUAUAAAAAUCAAAAAGUAUAUUGGACAUAGUAAAGUGAUCAAAACAUGUAAAAAAAAAAAGCUGGCUCUUUUACUGUUAAUUUAUAACUAGCUACUAAUACACCUAUAACCCAAAAUAAGUUAAAUGCUAAUUGCAAACCAUUAUUUGACUUUUACUGAUCGUGAGACGGAUAUUUCGUUUUCAUUUGGACUGAAGUGCAGUGUACUGUAACGAUCAUGUCCGCAUCAACUUCAAACACAUCUCACCACCAGCAGCAAAGAAUGAGACGCAGCAAUGCAGGUUCUCCCACCUCAACCAGCAACAGCAACAGCAACAGCAACAACGGCAUCAGCAGCAGCACCAACAGCAGCAACCGUCUGCUGCAGCCCAUCCGCGCCACUGUGCCCUACCAGCUUCGUGGCAACCAACAGAGCCCUACCCGUUCUCCUUCUUCCUUUUCAGUGGGGAGUAACACAGGACUGACAUCCUCCCGGUGCUCUAGCCCGCCCAGUCCGACACAGCUGAUUACGAACCCGGGCGGCAGCAGCUCUGUGGAAGGAAGACGGAUUGGGAGGCAGAGACGAUCUCCAGACAGCAGGAGCUCACCUGAGCGAAUGAGUCCGAACUUGCCUGUAUACAGAGUUGAGAGAUCCAAGUCCCAGCAAAUAAGAACCUCGAACACCAUCAGACGGACCUCUUCCCUGGACACAAUCACAGGACCUUACCUCACUGGACAGUGGCCUCGUGACCCUCAAGUGCACUACCCUUCAUGCAUGAAAGAUAAAGCGACUCAGGGACUAUAUUCCUCAACGGAAGGUUACCCGGCGAAAUAUCAGAAGUUCAAGACCCCAAAUUGCUGGACGGAAGAGGCAGCAGAGAAGAGAAGCACACAUCAGCGUUCUGCCUCUUGGGGCAGUGCUGAUCAGCUAAAAGAGUCUUCCACUCUGGUCUAUUUCCAGCAGAUUGCAAAACUAAGACAGCAGCUCCAGCGCAGCAAGCACAGCAGUCGGCACAGCAAAGAGAAGGAACGUCAUUCUCCUCUCCAUGGAAACCACACCACAGUCACCCAGACUCAGGCAUCUGUGUCAAGAUCAGUCCCAAUGCCAUUAUCAAACAUUCCAGUGCCAAAGUCCACCAUUUCCCGUGUACCAAGCAGCAUGGAGGGAAUAAAUCAUGAAUUGGAGAAAGUGUUUAUUAAAGAUAAUGAAGAGAAGGAAGAAUUGAAGUCCCUGGAGGUCCCUGAUGGCCGGCGAGCUCCGUUCCCUCCUCACUACCGUAGCAGCAGCACCCGCAGCAUCGACACACAGACGCCCUCCGUCCCGGAGAGGAGCAGCAGCUGCAGCAGCCAUUCACCAGGCAUAUCCCCCUUCUGCCCUCCUGGAUCUCAGGAUGGAAGCCCCUGCUCGGCAGAGGACCUUCUGCAUGACAGGGAUAAAGACAGUGGAAGUAGUUCACCUUUGCCUAAGUUUGCCUCCUCUCCCAAACCCAACAACAGUUACAUGUUCAAACGAGAGCCCCCAGAGGGAUGUGAGAGAGUCAAGGUCUUUGAGGAAAUUUCGUCUCGUCAAUCAAGCUCAGUCCCUCUGUUUUCUUGUCCUGACAAAAACAAGGUGAAUUUCAUCCCGAGCGGCUCUGCUUUCUGUCCUGUGAAACUAUCUGGAUCCCUCAUCCUGUCAUCUUCUGACCUGAUGCUCAUGAACUCUCCUGGCCCGGUUCCUGUUCUAAAUGUUGGUCAAAGCACAACUGCAAGCAGCCCUGUCACUGCUGAACAGCUCUCCUCUCAGGUCUCAGUUGACACCAGCACAGCAGACUCUGCUGAGGCCUCAGCACAGCUGCCAUGCCAGGAGGCACCACCAGAGGAGCUCUCCUCGCCUCAGAACUAGGUGGUCAUUUAGUCUGUAGCAGAGCAGGCCUCUGCCUAGUGAAUGGGCCUAAUCUUGCUGUAUUAAACAUCUGCAUGGAGUAGCAACAAUGUCCAGAACAAAAAAAUGUGUAGUGUUCUAAAAAGUAUUUCUUUAAACACUGUUCUUGGCAGGGAUAGAACUAAUCUCUUUUUAAGUAACUCUGUAAGAAAGCUUUUAGUGGGGUACUAUUCAUUUCAUAGUUUGUUUAAUCAUAGUAGUAUUGUGUCCUGUGUUCUGUUCAAUAUCUACAGUAUAAAUAAGCUAUAUAUCAAUACAUUAAAAACAAACAAACAAAAAAAACAACAAAAAAACUGUCUAAACUGAAACUGUGUAUUGCUGUGUCAUGUAUGUUAUGGAGAAUGCUGUAUUUUUUCAGGAUUAUGUUUACAGUCAAUCCAGGUUAUGUUUCUAAACUUCUUUAAUAUAUACAAUGCAAAGAAAUUAAUAAUAAUUAAUGGCCACAACAGUUGCACAGUGCCCAUAUAUUGGCCUAGCUUCAGGUACUUCUAUCGAAGUUUAAACUCAGGUAAUUUGGAAUGUAUCCACGUAUACUGAAUUUGUGGAAGUUAACAAUAAGCAUCACUCUCUUGCCUUUCCUUUUUUGUAAUCUUUCCACAUUACAUUCCAUGUUCUUGGAAAAAGUGCAUUCUGCUCCGGGGAAGGCUUCCUGGACAUAACCAGCAGAAAUGUGAUGUAUGACAUCACACUUACUUGUGAUUUAAACAAAACAAAAAAAUCUAAAAAUUUUCAAAAGAUUCAGGUGUUUCUCAUUCAAUGACUGUUAAGCUCUUGAAAAUAAAAGUGUUCAUUACUAGGCUGAACAUGAUAAACAUUCCAUGAUAAACAAACAGCCCAAGUACACAUAACAAAGGAACAUAUCAGGUUACAGUAUAUGACCUGUCCUGUUUGUCAGGCUAAUUAGCCUAUUAUGUGAAGUGCUGCUUUUCUUUCACCUGAUUUCAGAUUUAGUUUCUCACUUUGACCUCUAAAUUCAUAUCAGCAUGUUUGAAAUGUGUACAAUUGAGUCAGUCCAUAGAGAAUUAGAGAAUGUGUGUGUAUAUAUAUAUAUAUAUAUAUAUAUAUAUAUAUAUAUAUGGUGGCCUUGUACCAUAGUACAUGCUAUUUCUAAUUUACACUAAACGAGACAGCACCAAAACAGUCCAGAAAAAGGUUAUGACACGUUUAAAGCAGUAUGUUAAGAUGGGUUAGAUGCUUUAUUUGUUACCAUGUCAUGCAUAACAGAAGUUUUGCUUUUUUUCUUUGCAUUUCUUGAAAUGUUUAAAAGCUAUUGUUCUGAAGACACUCAGCAGGUUUUUAAAACCUGUUCUUGUAAUAAAAAACAUGAAUGAAAUUACAUCACACAUAUUUUAAAAGCUCACAAAUACUAUUAUGACCCUGGAGUUAAAAACACAUCAAAUAUAAAUCUCUUAAGCUAUGAUUAUGUGUGCAAUAAAAGCAAUGUAGGUCGAAAUUGGAAAGAUUCAAUGUUACUCUAAACUUUCAAUGUUACUCUAAAUGCUACCAUUACUAUCACAUUUACAGAACAGCAGAGGAAUUAAAUUUGAAUUGUAUAUAUCAUUGUUGCAAACCUGCUCAUAUCUUUCUAAAAUUAUUAACCAAACUCAAAAAGAAAAAAAGGCUAAUAGUUUGUCCCGUAUAAGAGGGAACUAAAACAUUCCAUGUGUCUCCCAUGUCCAGAAGUAGAUUUGUUUGUUGAGAUUGGUAAAAGCUUGUUUGAAGUCUGUAUAUAGAUUCACUGUAAUAUCAAGCCACUGUGCUAAACGGUAUUUAUGAGUUGCCACACAAUGUUGCUUUAAAGAAUUGCAGUGUGUGGCUUUUGUUUUGUAUUUUUCAAGAUAUAGCUCUUGUGUCUUAUUUAAAUAAAGUUAUUAGCAGAACCAAAACAA